AUGGUUCUUGGAGCUAACGGCGUCGUUUGGAUGGGAGGAGAAAGAGGAGGAGCAGUGGAGGAAGACGAAGAAGAUGUUGUUUCUUCUUGGACUAGGAACCACAGUAAGGAUAAUGAAGUAGAGCGUAAAGAAGAAGAAGAUUUGGGUAUUCAUGGUUCUCUCUCUACUUUUAAAUCUAUGCUUGAAACUGAUUGGUAUAUCAAUUCUGAUAUAAACCCAUCUCCUCUCCAAAACCACCAUGAAAUCAGAGACCUUGCUUUUUGCUCUAACCCAACACCAGAAAACCUUCUUUUACAGCCUAUGGACUCUUCCUCUUCUUGUUCUCCUUCACAAGCAUUUUCUCUCGAUCCUUCACAAUCACACCAUCCUUUUUUGCCCUCUAAAUCUUGCUUCUCUUCUCUUCUUAAUGUUACUAACCCUUUUGACAAUGGGCUCGAUUUGGGUUGUGAAAGUGUGUUUCUAAACCAGUUUCAGCAAAAUCAAGGUUCCAAUUUGAUGGAUUUUUGUGGGCCUGAGUUUCAUGCUUCUCAGUUGCUCUCCGUGCCUGAUAAUGCUGGAGCUGGCGGGUUUGGUAAUGUGGGGCUUGAGGGUUUUGAUGGUUCUCCAGGAAAUGCUCUGUUUUCAAGCAGAGCUAAGGUCUUGAGGCCACUUGAGAUUUUGUCUCAAGUGGGUUCACCACCAACUCUGUUUCAAAAAAGGGCUAUGUUAAGACAGAGUGGGGAUAAAAUUGGGAAUUUGGAAAUGUCAGGGUUGAGGUAUGGAAGAGAAAGUGGAGGGAAUUGGGGUGAAAUGGAAAAGAAGAGAAAGAAGAGUGAAGAAAGUGAAAUUGAGGAAGUGAGUUUUGAUGUUUCAGGUUUGAAUUAUGAUUCUGAUGAGCAAAAUGGAGAUGGUAAGGUAGAAGAAAGUGUGAAGAAUAAUGGUGGAAGCAACUCAAAUGCCAAUAGCACUGUGACUGGUGGAGGAGGUGGUGGUGAUCAAAAGGGGAAGAAAAAGGGAAUGCCAGCUAAGAAUUUGAUGGCUGAGAGAAGGAGAAGAAAGAGACUCAACGAUAGGCUCUACAUGCUUAGAUCUGUUGUCCCCAAGAUUAGCAAGAUGGAUAGGGCUUCAAUACUUGGGGAUGCCAUUGAUUAUUUAAAGGAGCUUCUGCAACGGAUUAAUGAUCUUCAUAAUGAAUUGGAGUCGGCCCCUUCUGGCCCUUUGCUACCCCAGUCUACAAGUUUCCACCCUUUGACUCCUACACCUGCCACCCUUCCCUGCCGAGUGAAGGAAGAACUAUGCCCCAGCUCAUUGCCAAGCCCAAAAAACCAAUCUGCAAGGGUGGAAGUUAGGGUAAGGGAAGGAAGAGCAGUCAACAUUCACAUGUUUUGUGCCCGAAGACCAGGUUUAUUACUUUCCACAAUGAGGGCUCUGGACAACCUUGGCUUGGAUAUUCAGCAAGCUGUCAUCAGCUGUUUCAAUGGGUUUGCACUAGAUGUGUUUCGAGCUGAGCAAUGCAGGGAAGGUCAGGAUGUUUUACCAGAGCAAAUCAAGGCAGUACUUCUGGAUUCAGCUGGUUUUCAUGGAAUGGUGUAA